UUAGGUGCAUUCUAUUUACGUUACAGGUGGAAUACAGAAAAUGCGAUUAGAAAUAGCUUAGAAAGAAGAAAUGAGAUUGGAGCAGCUGAUCCUGAAGUCGCAAAUAUUGAAGAAGGUUCAAUCAUUGUGAAACUACAUUGCCAUACACAGCAAAGUUUCCUACAGUUUGUGAAGGACUUUAAGGAAAAGAAAGUGAAGCGUCGAUUGGAAGAAGAGUUAAAAAAAAUUGGAUUUGACAAAGAAUUGGAAGUAACAAUCGUAAAUACCCAAGAGGUAUUCCAGAGAGAACAUGAAAUAAGGUAA